AUGUCGAAGGGUCUGGGACAUGUCCCGAAUCGCCUCGGCUUGAAUUAUGGAAAUAAAGCAAGUAAAGUGAGGAAACCUCCGCCAUCACCUAUCAAGAUGCAAGAUAAGACCAAGGGGUUGGAUCGACGUCUAAAGGAGCAACACAAUCAAGAUAGGAAGACUCAAGACAAAGUCAAGGAUUUGAAACGGCACUUAGAGGAACAACGCAAUCAACAUGAGAAGAUGCAAAAUGAGAUCAAGGAGUCGGAACGACGUCUAGAGGAGCAAUACAAUCAAAAUGGGAAGACUCAGGACAAGGUCAAGGAUUUUGAACGACGUCUGGAGGAGCAAUACAAUCAAAAUGAGAAGAUGCAAAAUGAAAUCAACUACUUGAGACAGCGUUUAGAGGAACAAUACGAUCAAAUUGAGAAGAUUCAAGAUAAGACCAAGGACCUGGAACGGCGUUUAGAGGAACAACGCGAUCAAAAUGAGACGAUGCAGGAGACCCGAGAUCAGAAGUUGCAGUACUACAAUGAUCAAAUAGAGAAGCUGGAUGAGUCGGUCCAGAAAUUGAUGAGUUGGACAUCGCAGUUAAAGGAUUCUAUUGCGGAAGAUAUUGAAAGACAGCAUCGAGAAAGAGAGGCCCAGGAUAAAAUGCAGGAUGUCCAACAUGCGAUGCAAAAGAUCCUUGCUACUAUCAUGGAACAGCAGCAUAAGCAUAUAUCGGAUAUGAUUGAGUUUCAAACGCAGUUACCGAACAUGAUUCGAGGAGAAUUAUCUCUUCAACAAGCAUCGAGUUUAGAACCAUGGCUUGGCAGAGACCCAGGUUUUGAUGCCAAAUCCAUACGGUAUGAAUAG